AUGCUCGUGGCUCUGGGAUUUGGCCGUCACCGCGGUUCAGAUAUGUCGGUCUUGGUCUUUGGAGGCACGGCGAGGUUGGGAAAGCUGGAGGCUCGAGGCCAUCAGCUCCGGUCUAAGGUUAUCUGCUUUGGGUUCUCCGUGGUAUUGACGUGUAGAGUUAGGAUUUGUGGCUUUGUCUACCGCAGUCAUGUGCUUUGUGGCGGCGCGUGCGGUCCCAACCAGUCUCGGAGGUUCGAUCAAGGGUGUGUCUCUGACCUUUCUCUUGGGGAAGGUGCUGGUUUGCAGUCGCAGAGUGAAGCUAUCAAUGUUCACUAUGGCUCCUUUUGUGUUGAGGUCAUCCUUCUGAACCGGACUCUAGGCAAGCCGCAUUCUACCGGGUCCGGUGUGGACCACCUAUUUGAUAGUUCUUCUUCGAGGGUUCGUCGGUGUCCUUAUCAAAAUGUCAAAGUACCUGUAAAAAACUGUAGUAUUGGUGAAGAAAUAAAAGUUGGCACCUAG